CCUUGGUCCCGCGCCUGCGCACUGCCCGCCAGGACACUGCGAUGGCGGCUGCGGUGGUGGCGGCCCCCGAGGUCCUUCGGGAAUGCGGCUGCAAGGGCGUCCGGACCUGUCUGAUGUGCGAGCGGCAGCGCGGAGGUGAUCCGCCCUGGCAGCACUCCCCGCAAAAAACACACCGUUUCAUUUACUACUCAGACACUGGUUGGGCCGUGGGGGCCGAGGAGUCUGACUUUGAAGGAUGGGCCUUCCCUUUCCCCGGUGUGACGUUGUUAGAAGACUUCGUGACCCGAGAGGAGGAAACUGAGAUGGUGCAGCUGAUGGACCGUGAGCCCUGGAAGCUCUCACAGUCUGGACGGAGAAAGCAGGACUACGGCCCCAAAGUCAACUUUCGGAAGCAGAAGCUCAAGACAGCCGGCUUCCACGGCCUCCCCAGCUUCAGCCGGGAGGUGGUGCGGAGAAUGGGCCUGUACCCCAUCCUGGAGGACUUCCGGCCUGUGGAGCAGUGUAACCUGGACUACUGCCCGGAGCGGGGCUCGGCCAUCGACCCCCACCUGGACGACACCUGGCUGUGGGGGGAGCGGCUGGUGAGCCUCAACCUGCUGUCGCCCACUGUGCUGUCCAUGUCCCGGGAGGCGCCCGGCAGCCUGCUGCUUUGCCUGGCGCCGUCGGGCUUCCCGGAGGCCUUGGUGGAAGGUGUGAUGGCCCCCAGCAGGUCCGUGCUGUGCCAGGAGGUGGAGGUGGCCAUCCCCCUGCCCCGCCGCGCGCUGCUUGUGCUCACUGGCGCUGCGCGGCACCAGUGGCAGCAUGCCAUCCACCGCAGACACAUUGAGGCCCGGCGCGUGUGUGUCACCUUCAGAGAGCUGUCGGCAGACUUCUGUCCUGGUGGGAAGCAGCAAGAACUGGGGCAGGAGCUCCUGCAAAUCUCUCUCUCCUUUCAGGGGAGGCCCAUGUGAGCCGCCUACCUGGGGACAGCAGCUGGCACUGGGCCUGGCCACGGGCACCAGCUCCACAGGUGACCCUUUGCCAGGAUUGAAGGGGGGAGCCCAGCACAAGGCUCUUUCGUCCCAGCUGAUUAGGGUUUUGGAGAACUGCUGAUGUGCUGACACCACGGAACUGGUUUGGUGGGGCCGUGCCUCGGGUCUGUCCCCUCUGACCUGCACUGUGGCCACUUGUUGCAGUUAUUUGUCACAGUUUAAGGGCAGUAGUGUAAUUGGAGUUUAAAAAACAUUGGCGCCACUUACAACCA